GUUUGAGGCAAAAUUAUCAGAGUUUUCUAGAGACAAAUGCUUUCUGGCUUCAGGCUCCUGCGUAUGUGCCUCGCGUAAGCACUGCCGAGUCAGGGGAUGUACCCUCCGCUGAAGCUCAGGGUCACAAUACACCUGCACCCUCCUAAACACUUGCUCCCAUUCCUGGUCCGAGGCCGUAUUGGACACCCACAGAGAAGACAGCACCUCCGAGAUUCCUAGAGAGGCCGGCCUGGCGACUUGGGAAGCCGGAAGCCCGUCUCGAGGCACUUCCUGUCCGGUCAUUGUUCUCGCGCCGCCAGGCGCAGCUCGUCGGAUCCUGCCAGCCUUUUGCUACAAACCCUGUGAGCUCCGGCCGGCUCUCUUCCGUGAACACGGUCAGUGGGGUUGGCCAGGGUGAGCACGGACGUCGCAGGUGCGGGAGGGGCCAUCCCGGGGGCGGACUGCCGCGACCUCACUUCGGGGGCCCAGGGUUGUCUGUCCCUAGGGCGGCUCCGCGUCCCAACACUUUAGAAACACGGCUGCCGCCUGCUGGGGGUCUGGACACGGACCUUGGACACGGACAGCACCAGGGGCCAGGCUCACCACGGAAACAGGGCUGUUUGAGUAGACAGCCUUCAUCUUGGCCCUGGGAAGAAAUUCAGAAAGAAAUUUUUAAAACUUAAAGAUUAGAUGGGGCUUGACCUCUGCUGGGCAGCCCCCAGCUAUAAGAGUUCCUGUCCUGAGCAAAGAAGAUGAGUGCACAACCAAGAGAGGCCAUGGCCUUAGCUCCCUGGGGCUCAUUGACAGUGAAAAAGGAGGAGGAAGAGGAAGAAAACUUCAUGGGUCAGGCAUCCAGCCAACAAGUACACUCUGAGAACAUAAAAAUCUGGGCUUCUGGGGAAGGUCCUCAGAUAGGCCUUGAUAUAUCAGAACAGGAGAAAAAGGGUCCAAACAUGUACUGGGACAUGGCUGUCAUCCUGAAAGCAACACAGGAGGCACCUGCUACCUCAGCCAUUGGCAGCUACUCAUUACCAGGGACUCUGGCCAAGAGUGAGAUACUGGAGACUCAUGGGAUCAUGACCUCUCUAGGUGCUGAAACCAAGAACCCACAGUUAUUGGUUCCAAAAACUGAGAUAUGUGAUGAAGCAGAAAAACCAUUCAUAAAGUCAGGAAGAAUCCAGAAAGUUAAUCCUCAAGGAUCUGAGUUAGGAGAAGCCUGUGAAAAAGGGAACCUGUUAAAGAGGCAGAGAAUUAAGAGGGAAAAGAAAGAUUUCAGACAUGUGACAGUGAAGGACUGUCAUGUACCUGAAAGCUUCAAAGUAGAGGAAGAUCAGAAAUGUCAGAAAUCUGGGGAAAGAUACAGCCUUAGUUGUAGCUCUUUAAAAAAUCAGAAGAGCCAGCCUGGACAGAAACCUUUUACAUGUAGUGUGUGUGGGAAAGGCUUUAGUCAGAGUGCAAACCUCGUAGUGCAUCAGCGUAUCCACACAGGGGAGAAGCCCUUCGAAUGUCAUGAGUGUGGGAAAGCCUUCAUUCAGAGUGCAAACCUUGUUGUGCAUCAGCGAAUCCACACUGGACAGAAACCAUAUGUUUGUUCAAAAUGUGGGAAAGCCUUCACUCAGAGUUCAAAUCUGACCGUACAUCAAAAAAUCCACUCCUUAGAAAAAACCUUUAAGUGCAGUGAAUGUGAAAAAGCCUUCAGUUAUAGCUCACAACUUGCUCGGCACCAGAAAGUUCACAUUACAGAAAAAUGCUAUGAAUGUAAUGAGUGUGGGAAAACAUUUACUCGGAGCUCAAACCUCAUUGUCCACCAGAGGAUCCACACUGGGGAGAAGCCCUUUGCCUGUAAUGAUUGUGGCAAAGCCUUCACCCAGAGUGCAAAUCUUAUUGUACAUCAACGAAGCCAUACUGGUGAAAAGCCAUAUGAGUGUAAAGAGUGUGGAAAAGCCUUUAGUUGUUUUUCACACCUUAUUGUGCACCAGAGAAUUCACACUGCGGAGAAACCUUAUGAUUGCAGUGAGUGUGGAAAAGCCUUCAGUCAGCUGUCUUGCCUUAUUGUGCAUCAGAGGAUUCACAGUGGAGAUCUUCCUUAUGUGUGUAAUGAGUGUGGGAAGGCCUUCACGUGUAGCUCAUACCUGCUUAUUCAUCAGAGAAUUCAUAACGGAGAAAAACCUUACACAUGCAAUGAGUGUGGCAAGGCCUUCCGGCAGAGGUCAAGCCUCACUGUGCACCAGAGAACCCACACUGGGGAGAAGCCCUAUGAGUGUGCCAAGUGUGGUGCAGCUUUCAUUUCUAACUCACACCUCAUGCGACACCACAGAACCCAUCUUGUUGAGUAAUAAGUACUUGUUACUCCAGGCAUUGAUCAUAAUCCACUACACCCUGAUUGGACACGUUUUUGCUGUUUUGUUCCUCUGUAAAAAUGAGACCCACCAUGUUCUUAAAAGUAACAGUUUUCAAGAAUGUAUCACAGAAGCAUUUCAGAGGCUGACUUAAAAAACAUGGAAGCUAAGCACCUAAAGGCAAGGACUCUAACUGUACCAGCAUUGGUCAUGUUUGAUAUGGAACGUGGCUUUCUUAGAAAUGGGUCAUACAAACCUAAGUCAUAAAGAUCCUAUUUGAGGAAAGGUAUUUUAACUUAAUCUUGUUUUUUAAAACUCUUAGUUUCUUGAGCAAUGGGCAGGUUAUUGCUAUAAGGCUGCGUGGUGGGAUUCUGAACUUUGAAUCUUGUAUUUUAGUAUUUUGGGUUAGGAAGCAGUGGUUAGUUAAGGAGACUGCAUGGGGUAGCAAUUCACCAACAACUCACCUGUGAACAUUUAUAAGCUUUCCAUUCCUUAGGCAAUUUAAACAUUAAAAGAAAGAAAACCAAAACAUUAACUAUCUGUUGCUCCUAAAAUGGAUAGAAGUAGGAAAACAGCUAUUUCUCUUAAUUGUGUAUACCUCAUGAACCUUAUAGUAAAGUUCUAGGGACAUCUCAUGAGUCUUCCAUUCUGCCGUCUGUGUGGCCAAGCACUUGAGGAUUGAUGGAGACAAAACACCGGGGCCACAAAUACUGCCAGGCAGUAUUCAUUUGCUAACAUCAACAACUCUCCCAAGUGACCCUGACUUCAUUGCAUUCUAUCGUAGUGAGAUACCUCUAAUAUCUAAUAGUCCCCUUUCCAGAUAGAGUCAAAGAAUAAAGCUUGCAGAGAGGCAUGUCCAUAUUACCUAUGCUUGUUCUGCUCAGACCCAGCCCGGGGUCUCAGUUUGAGUGUCAUUCUCACUUUUUGGCUGGUCUUCAGAAGAAAUAAUGGAGUCCUUCUAAUUUUGAGAGGACCAAAGAGGGAAAUACAGGAAGAGGGAGGAGGCAGAGUGGGACUCCUAAGGUCUUUACUUUUUUGAGAAGUUGAAAGGUAUUGGAAUGUGAAAACUUAGAAAGAUGAAGAAACUGGCUAAGGUAAGAUAAACUUUUGUUACCGUUGAGCCUUUAUUCCUGGAAAAAAUGAUUUAUAAAACUAUGCAAUAGGUAGAGCUAUAUAAUAUUGCCUUGUAUUUAAUAUAGAACUUAAUUCUUUGUUUAUAUACCUUCAUGUAUAGAAUCAAAAUUCCCCAAUUCUUCUCUUAUUCUUUCACAUAGAUCCUUAGAACACUGAAGGAAGCGUUUGCCCCAUUUAGCUGAAAGUGUUCAAACAACAAAAAACAGCCUACGUUCAAAUCCAGGAUUUAAAUCGGGUUCUCUGUUCUGUGCUGUGUCUAACCACCUGUAAUUCCCACUCAGAUCUGCCGAGAGCCUGAGAAGGAGGUAUAUGGUCUCUUUCAGGUGAGGAAGCUGAGGUGACAGGUUUUCGGAUGUGCCUUAGGCAGUGUGACUAGUAAGCAGCAAAUCUGAAACUGGAAUUUGAGUUUUCCCAAGUUCUGGGUCUGCCUCUUCACCCUGCUGGGCAAGAGCAUAUAAAAAAGCCCUACCUGGUGAUAAGCUAUCUGGUGCAACUCUCACGUAGAAGUCCCACCAUUGGGACUCUUGCUGGCGCAUUUGUUUUAUAUUUUACAGAGCACUUUCAUGUACAGAAGGCAUAAACAAGAAAGCUUAUUUCCUCUUUCUCCCCUUCAACCAUGGUCUUUCAUUCAAGCAUGUGCAUCACCUUUUCCAAGUUUGCACUCUAAAAUCAUACACAAUUCUAAGAAAUUAAUAGGAUUCAAAAGUGAGAAUCAAAAAGGCUCAUGCACUCACUGACCUUGAAAGUAACUGUUCCUGUCCCCCACCUGGGAGUGGAGAGAUCCAAAGAUAAUACCAUGUAUCUGCUGAGGAACGAGCUUGGGUUUUUUCCCCCCUGCAGGAUUAGGAAGCCCGGAAGAGAGGGAGAGCAGGUCUGAAGAUUGGGAAUAAAUCUGUGACAUGGAGCUGUCAAAAGACCAAAAAUGCACUUUCCUGAAAGAUAACAACCAGGUUAGGAUCCUUAGGACAGUUAAAUUGUUUUAGCUUCACAUUGUAUGUUCAUCCUCCUAUUUGAAUGCUUGUCAUGGAUGAUUGUGAUUUCCUGAAAGAUUGUUGUUCAUAGGCAGUUCAAAAAGGCCAUGCAGGUGAUUGUGAUGUAAAGCUAGAUUUGGGCAUCACUGACCCAGCCUUGUAGUGUUAACAGUGGUAUUCACUUGGCUGCAUGUUAGAAUCACCUAGUGUACUUAAAAUUAUUUUUUCAUUCUCAGGAUCAAGUUUUUGUUUUGUUGUCCCCCCCGCCCCCCAAUUCUGGAGGGGAAUCCAGUGUGUAACCAAGAUAAGGGACACUUCAGUCAAAUAAAUUCUGCAGGCCACAAAUGCAUGUGAUCAAAGGUAGAGUGGGGAAGCUUUAGUAUAAAGAUGUAGAUGUGCAGAGUGCUUUGUGUGGUUUCAGCAAAACAGGAUGCUAACGAUCUUGGCUGCAUUGGAUGUCCUGUACCUUGGCUGUAAGGAUUGUGUGCCCUAACUUUAUUUGUAUUUUAGGUGAAUAUACCAAAUAUAUAUAUGAGCAAACCAA